AUGAAUCAAUAGUAAUAAGCACUUAGGACUAUUAAGUUAAAGAUAGAAAAAGAGAUUGUAUAAAUUGAUCAAAAGUAUGCUAAUGUAAGCAAUUUUUUUAAAGAAAUAUUUGAAAAAGAACCAGAUUCUGAAGAUGUAUAAUUUUCAAAAUAUAACAAUAGAUAAUUGAAAUUCCGCAAAGUUGUGUAACUUUAAAAGCAUUUGAUUACAUUAAGAAAUAUUAUGAACAUAAUAAAUUUGAACCACUAAAGAUUGCUGGAGGAGCUUUAAAUGCAGAUUAAUUAUUUUUAAAUUAGCAUGAUAAAGAAUUAAUGCUUCCAGUUAAUCCAUUUAAUGGCGAUCUACUUAAAUAACUUAUUCAAGCAGCUGUCUAUUUUUAACUAGAAGCCUUUAAAAGUAAAUAAUUAUUCUUAUUUAUAUAGAGUUAUGUCUAGCAAGAUUAUAUUAUGAAUUUUUAAUUGAUCCAACAGAUUCAAAAUGGCUUCAAAAAUUAGCAGCAAAAUACCCUGAAGUUCCACCACUUUCAAUUGCAUAUUUAGAGUAAUAUAAAACUUUAUAUCCAAAUCUUUUCAAGGAAUUCUAGUGA